GCAGUUUUAAACAUCUGCUGAAGUUUGCUAAAACAACCGACUGCAUGUGCAGCUGAAAACCACGUAAACACCUCUGAGCUGAAAAAUAAGUCAAAGGACCCCUGGGAACCAUGAGUUGGGACGCUGACACUGUGGAUUUACUGGGUUCACAGGAGAGUUUAAGUACCAGACAGUACGGUGACCGUUGCACAAACUGCAGCCUGUCCAAGAAAAGGUUGUCGAUAGGAGUCGGUCUGCUGAUAGUAGCCUUUAUUCUGGCUUUGAUGACCCUUCAUCUACACAACGAUGACACGGUGCAGAGAAUUUACAUCGGCUCCAUGGGAAUCAGCAACCAGCGAUUCCUGCCAGAGCAUGAAGAUCCCAGCAGCUCAGAGUUUACUCAGCUGGCCGCUCAAGUCAGCCAACAGCUGAAACUGAUUUACUCCAAAAACUCAGUGCUGGCCAAAUACUUCAACUGCAACACCGUCCAGGCCUUCAGUGAGGGUGACAGCAGUGACGACAGCAUUGUGGUGUAUUAUGAGUCGAAGUUUGAUGUCCCCAUCCCUCAGCAAACCACUGUGGAUCAAGCCAUUGAGUCUCUGGAGCCUCCAGCAGAAAAUGAAUGGAGCCAACAGGGACAAGGGCUGCUGAAACCCAGUGACACUCUGAACAUCAGCAACAUCAUCUCACAAGCCAUAGAUCAACGCUUGGCCAGGACCCCAUUAACUGAGAGGAAGUUCUUCGACAUCCACGUCAGAGACCCUGGAUUUGUUCAUUCUCCAGGGUUUCCAGACUAUGCUUAUCCUCCAAAUCUCAACUUGCAGUGGAGGCUUCGUGCGGACCCGGGCCACAGAGUCUGGCUCAACUUCUACAGUCUGAUCUUGGAGGAUGACUGUCAGCAUGACUUCAUCAAAGUCUAUGAUUCGCUGGCCCCCAUAGAGAAACGUGCUCUGACAGAACAGUGUGGACAUCCCCAAAAAUCAUUAUCCUUCAUCUCUGGAAACGUCAUGUUACUGACCCUGGUCACAAAUGAGGAGAAAAACUUCCCUGGCUUCAAAGCCAGCUACUACCAGAUUCCUGUGACUAAACUAAAUUGUGGUGGCACAAUGAUUGAAGACAAAGGCUCGUUCUCUUCACCAUUUUUCCCCUCCAAUUACCCUCCAAGCACAUCAUGUGUCUGGAACAUCGAGGUUGCAAAGGAAAAAUUUGUGAAGGUUGACUUCAAAAAGUUCUUUGUGGGAAAUCAAAGUGAGCAUUGCCCCCACGAUUAUGUUGACAUCAACGGUGAAAGGCUGUGUGGCAAUGGCUUAAACACCAGACUGAUCACCAUCAAAAGCAACAAGGUGACCAUUACGUUUAACUCGGACUCCUCCUAUGUUGACCAGGGUUUCACUGCUGAGUAUGAGGCCUUCAUCCCAACUGACUCUUGUCCGGGAAGGUUCCAGUGCAACAACUCCCUGUGCAUCAGCAAGAUUUCUCAAUGUGAUGGCUGGAAUGACUGUGGAGAUAACAGCGAUGAGAUCAACUGCACUUGUGAUGCAUCUCAGAUACAAUGCAAAAAUGGUCACUGUAAACCCAAAUCUUGGCUGUGUGAUGGGAUUGAUGACUGUGGAGACAACACAGAUGAACAAAACUGCACUUGUCCAGGAAGGUUCCAGUGCAACAACACCCUGUGCAUCAGCAAGAUUUCUCAAUGUGAUGGCUGGAACGACUGUGGAGAUAACAGCGAUGAGAUCAACUGCACUUGUCCGGGAAAGUUCAAGUGCAGCAACAACCGGUGCAUCAAGAAGACUCUGCAGUGUAACGGCAGGGAUGACUGUGGAGACAACAGUGAUGAGCUCAACUGCACUUCAGUGUGCUCAGCGUUCACCUUCCACUGCAGUAAUGGACUCUGCAUCAGUAAACUGAACCCAGAGUGUGAUGGAGUGCAGGACUGUGAGGACGGCUCUGACGAGGCUAACUGUGAUUGCGGGACGAAUCUGUACAGUAGCACUCGUAUCGUGGGAGGUCAGGCAGCUAGUGUGGGUGAGUGGCCCUGGCAAGUGAGCCUCCACUUCAAGGGGCUAGGACACAUGUGUGGAGCCUCUGUGCUGAGUGACCGCUGGCUGCUGACUGCUGCCCACUGCGUCCAAGACACUAAAGUUUACAAGCUCUCUCACGCUGACCAAUGGGAGGCCUUUUUAGGCCUUCAUGUGCAGAACCAGACCAAUGAGUGGACAGUAAAGAGGGGUGUGAAGCAGAUCAUUGCUCACAGGUACUACAACAGCUACACUCAAAACAAUGACAUCGCUCUGAUGGAGCUGGACACCAGAGUCAGCCUAACCGAGUACAUCAGACCCAUCUGCCUGCCUUCCUCCACCUACUACUUCCACUCAGACCAAGAGGCUUGGAUCACCGGCUGGGGGACUACCAUGGAAGAUGGUGUCGCGGCGAGUGUCCUCCAGAUGGCGGAAAUUCUGAUCUUCAGCAGUCGGUUGUGUAAUCUCCUCCUGUUUUACAGGGUCACAGAUAACAUGUUAUGUGCCGGAUUCCUUUCAGGAGGCGUGGAUACCUGUCAGGGUGACUCCGGCGGGCCCCUGUCUGUCGCCAACUCCCAUGGGCGGUUUUUCCUGGCAGGCGUGACGAGCUGGGGCAAAGGCUGUGCUCUAAGUUACAGACCUGGUGUCUACACCCGAGUUACCAAAUACCGCAGCUGGAUAAAAGAGAAAAGUGGAGUGUAGCAGCAGAAAGCUCAGUCCCUGCUGCCACCUCCUCUCCUAUCAGCUGCUCUGAUUGGCCAUCCUGGUGUACACUGCUCUGUAGCAGGGGAGGAGCUGGAUCAGGCUGUGAUGAGGGCGUGAUGGCUCUGCAGUGAUAUUUCCUGCUUCCUGAUACUGGAUUUGUAAAAAUCUUGAAUCGAGAGCGAGUCAGCACAAAUUAUUUUUUCUGCAGACCUCACAGUGCAUUGUAGUCUUUUUUGUCCUGUUUGGUGGCUGAUCUAAAGUAUACAGUGAUAGAUGAGCAGAGAACAGACGGGUUACUGCAUAAAAACUCCUGAGGCAGCUGGCACAAGAAGUACUGCUAGGCCUUUGAGAUUCUGGAUCUCAGAAGUCUGAAUGUUUUCCAGAAUUAUAGCAGAAUUAUAUUUUUUAAAAUGAUAUGAAACAACAGCAACAUAGUUAUAGCUUGCUCACAAAAUGUAUUGUACUUAGUUUUUGUUUCUUUACAUGAGAUAAAAUGUCAAAGUGUUGUUUGAUGCCAUCAUUGUUCCUUUUAAUGAAGUUAAAAUAUGUUUAAUAUAUGUUUACUCUUGUUACUAAGACUUGAAUCAUGCUGUUUAGUCGGUUUGCCAUUUAUCAUGAUUUUAAUUACUUGUGACUAUUUAAAGAUUUCAUUUUUUGGUUAUUGAUUAAUUAUUGUUCAAGUGGUUGAUAGAAUAUCUUAAAUAACCAACCACAAACUUCCAGAUGAUGUAGUGUGAAUGUCUUUGAAACAUGUAAUCUUAAUCAAUCAUAAUGUGUUUAUACUGUUUCAAUAAAAAUCUUUAGCAAUA